AAAAGAGAAAAGAAAAACCCUAGAAUUCACUAGUAAACCCCAGCUCCCAUCACCAUACGUCCCCUGAGUGCUGGAGCCUGGUUCACUAGUCUUUCCGCCGUAAAAAAAAACGUAGCCAGCCCUCCUCCGAGCCGAUUUCAAGCCACCUUUAAGCCAAUCUCCCAAAGAUGAGGUUGAAAAAGCAAAGGCGUGUCAGGAAGUCACUGAGGCUCUACGUUACUUGCUUUGGGUUCAGAAAGCCCUUCAAAGUGCUUUGUGAUGGCACAUUUGUGCAUCACUUACUCGUCAAUCGCAUUGUACCAGCUGAUGAUGCGCUAACUAAUCUUCUUGGUGCCCCUGUCAAGCUCUUCACCACUAGAUGCGUUCUCGCUGAGUUGAAGAGGCUUGGUCAAGCUUAUUCUGAGUCUCUUGAUGCAGCCAAUAACCUCAUGAUUGCUAGAUGUGAACAUGAGAAGCCAAAGGCUGCUGAUGCUUGCAUUGCAGAGAUCAUUGGUGAAACCAAUUCUGAACACUUUUUUGUUGCUAGUCAGGACGGUGAUCUUCGGAAGAAGUUUAAGGAGAUUCAUGGUGUUCCUAUUAUAUUUGCUUUGAGAAAUGCCCUUUUCCUUGAGCCCAUAUCUGCAACUCAACGCGAACAUGCUAAAACUUUAGACAAAGAGCGGUCUCAUAUGUCUGAGCGGGAACAAAAUGUAUUAAAGGAGAGAGUGAAGAACAUAAAAGAAGAAAUAGGAGAUCAAAACUUGUCGGUGCAGGCUUUUAAAAAUACACCUAAGGGAAAAAACGGAAUGUGGGUGAAGGAUACAGUUCAAUUCAAGAGAAAGAAAGUAAAGGGACCAAACCCACUUUCAUGUAAGAAGAAAAAGAACCCGUUAAACAAAAAUCCUGUCCCAGCGAAGCAAAAGGAAUCUGGGAAUGAUGAUGCCAAGAGAUGCAGAACUAGAAAUCGGAAGACUAGAAAGCGGAAGAGGCCACGCGCGCAAGCUGAGAACUAA